GUCCGAGGAGCCGUGAAGGCAGCAGUGUAGGUACAUCCCCCCGCACUGUUUGCUACAGUGUACACAGACAAGAUGGCAGCUUCUUUGGAAGACGAGUUUGAAGAUGCGCCUGACGUGGAGCCGUUAGAGCCGACACUGAAGAACAUCAUCGAGCAGAAGUCUUUAAAAUGGAUAUUUGUUGGUGGAAAGGGUGGCGUGGGUAAAACAACAUGCAGCUGCAGCUUGGCGGUCCAGCUCGCUGCUGUCAGGGAAAGUGUCCUCAUCAUCUCCACCGAUCCUGCUCACAACAUCUCUGAUGCUUUUGACCAGAAGUUUUCAAAGGUGCCCACUAAGGUUAUGGGCUAUGAAAACCUCUUUGCAAUGGAGAUUGACCCGAGCCUGGGUGUGGCAGAGCUGCCUGACGAGUUCUUUGAGGAGGACAACAUGCUCAGCAUGGGUAAGAAGAUGAUGCAGGAGGCAAUGAGCGCCUUCCCCGGGAUCGACGAGGCCAUGAGCUACGCUGAGGUCAUGAGGUUAGUGAAAGGAAUGAACUUCUCAGUGGUUGUCUUCGACACCGCACCCACCGGUCACACACUGCGUCUGCUCAACUUCCCCACCAUUGUGGAGCGUGGUCUGGGCCGCCUCAUGCAGAUAAAGAACCAGAUCAGCCCCUUCAUCUCCCAGAUGUGUAACAUGCUCGGUCUUGGCGACAUGAAUGCAGAUCAGCUGGCCUCUAAGCUGGAGGAGACCCUGCCCGUCAUCCGCUCAGUCAGUGAGCAGUUCAAAGACCCUGAACAGACCACCUUCAUCUGUGUGUGUAUCGCUGAAUUCCUCUCCCUGUAUGAGACUGAGCGGCUGAUCCAGGAGCUGGCCAAGUGCAGCAUCGACACGCACAACAUCAUCGUCAACCAACUUGUUUUCCCCGAAGCAGAGAGGCCGUGCAAAAUGUGUGAAGCCCGCCAUAAAAUACAGUCCAAGUAUUUAGACCAGAUGGAGGAUCUUUACGAGGAUUUCCACAUAAUCAAGUUACCACUGCUGCCCCAUGAAGUCAGAGGAGCCGAAAAGGUCAACACGUUCUCUCAGCAACUUCUGGAUCCCUACAAACCCCCAAACAAGUGAACUCCUUCUCUGCAGGACCUCCUCUCUGCCCUCCACUCCCCUACAGACCACACCUUUACAGUCUGAACUCCUCUGUCCUCUAUCCAGCCUCAAACCCUGCAGCCACCAAUUGAUCCCCUCAAAGUCUGUCACCCGAAAGCAAAGCACUGCUACAGCAGGACACUCAAGCCCUUAUUGAAAGGGGUGCUAACAAAAUCACAACCACACACGUACAUAACCUGAAAUAUUGUUGGAGAGGUAAGCGCAGAUUCUUGCUGCCUUACCUCUCAAUUGUCCUUCAUUCAUGUCCUCCGUGUGGCAUUCCUACUUAAAGCAUUUCACUUUCUCUCUAACACUACCCUUCCUCCUCCAUCACCUCAAGUGUUUCCAGUGAGGUGCCGUGUGUUCCAGGAUAAAAAUCUUUCAGAUGGUUAAUGUUUAUGCCUUGUUUAUUCUGUGUGGUUUUGAUGGCUGUGUAUGUUCCCCUGACUUUUGACUCAAAUUUCAUCUGGUAUAUUUAAAGAUUCAGGGUGUGUAGCAGGACAAUAGAGUGGUUCAGUGAUGACGUCUUUUUCUAUUUAAUUCUUUUGAAUAUUCUAGAAAAUAAGAUAUUUUAGACGAACAUAUUUUUUUGGUUCUUAACGUUUUGUUAAUCACCCCUGCUUUAUGGUGUUUGAAGUGUAAAGGUAAUCGGCAAAAGUAAGAAGCUAACAUUUGGCUAAAAAUAAACUGCAUUAAGUUCAUACGACUUUCCACCAAUGCUAAGCUAAGGGCAGCUAAUGUUCUGCGUAAUGACAUCGGGUAGUCUUAUGUACUCACUGUCGUUUUUAUGACACACAGAAGAAGCUUUAAACGUCCAUGAGGGGGCUUUCUACCAUCCGUAUGACGUAUUUAACGUCUUAAACAAAAGCAUUUCUUCUGCUGGUAUUAACUAAAGACCUCUAACCGAUGUAGACAUCUUACCGAAAAACAAGUUGACUUACAGACGAGGGAACCAGAAGUGGUACAAUGCCAACUAAUUUCUGGGAUUUAGGACUCAUUUCUGCACCACUCUAUAACGAAAAAAUAUGCUAUCACGUUUAAAAAAAUAAUGUUAUUGUAAUAAAGGAAGGCAGAACAAUCUGAAGUGUUUAUUUUACCAUGUGACCAGUCAUUAGACCUUAUGUAACCAGGUGCAAAUGCAGUAACCUAAUGUCAAUGAGAUUUUGGAUCAAGUCAAGUUUGGAGAUAAGUAUCCAUAUAUGGCUAUGUCAUUGUUUGAACUGGACAGUCUUAAUGUUCUCUGUUACAUAUUACAGGCCACUGUUGUUGGAGCAGCACCAGAUCUUAUGAGAUUCAAAUCAAACAUGUGAAAAGACUCUUGAUGUUUAAAAAGCUAAAAAGAGUGUCACAGCAUCAUCCCAUACAGUGCUCAUCAAACAUUUUGUGUCCACAAACUAUAUGGGAACACUAUUACAUUAGUAGCCUUAUUAGUGCAUUGUUAAUACAAAUAUAUUGAAUGUUGCUUGAUCAGUUGUGGAACAGAUGAAUGGCGAGUAGUUGAGGAGGAAUCAAAGCAUCUCUGCCCUGUGAAUACUGGACUGUGAUUGGCUCGCCCGAUACUUCCAACAGGUUCCUAAAGGAAAUGGCCCUCUUUCUGUCACUGAAUGCUUUUGAGUCAAUCUGUUUUCUAAAGAUUUUUUCUUUAAAUUAUAUUGCGAGUGUUAAUUAAAACCAACUUGCAUCAGA